AAUUGUUUAUAUUCAAUGUAGUAUAAAAAAACUUUAAAAAUAGCAUUUAACUAAUAUUACAUUGUUUUAUUUUUUUUUUAAUGGAACGUAUCAUUAAAAUUUCCCAAAGUGGCUGGUGGAUGAUGUUGCGUGAUGCCAACCUCCGGGCCAUAGUCAGAAAAAAUCCCCCGAUCGAUGCGUCUCCCCAUCUCGCCAUUCCGUUUCGUCUCCCUCAUUCUCCCCCAUUCGGAAUCAUCUGUCGCCGUUCGCAUCGAUAGCGAAAGCGUCUCCGUCGCCGGAACAGCUGAGCGCAUCGCGUCGCUACAGUCGGUCGUUGUCUGCGCUGUCGUACGUUCUUCCACAUAUCUUCGCCCGCCUGUGCCGGCAUGUAAACAACGAUCGAAACUGAAUUUUCGUUUUGAAUUUACUCGAUCUUAUCAAUUAAACUCUUCGUUGAUUUGUGCGUGGAUUCGGUUUCGUGCGGGUAUAUUGUUAUGUGGUAGUUUUGCGUUUGGGAUUUACAGGAGGAAGAAAACGAAAGCCACGAUGGCUUUUGGGAGGUCGAUGGGCUCACGGAACAGGAACAGCUGGGGUCCCACCUCCAUAUCGAUGGGGUUCCAGCGUCGCGUUCCGGACGAAGAUUACGCCGAAGAGUGCACCGAAAGGAUGAUGAACGCCCAGAAUCGGCAGCUCGAUCCGCUUAAGGAGGAUCUGGCCGAUUGGCUUAACAAAACGUUAGGAACUGAAGAUCUCAACAGGGACAACUUUCUGGAAUCCCUAGACAACGGAGUUAUUCUCUGUCACUUAGCACAGAUAAUUUGUGAAUACGCAGCUAAUGCUGCAAAUAAAGGAAUUUACAAAGGAACUGUCCCCACAGUUAGAGGAAAGUGCUUUGAGAGAGCCAUGCGGAGAAGUUUCUUUUCGAGAGACAACAUGGAGAACUUCAUCAAGUUCUGUCGAGCAUUGGGCGUACACGACAAUCUCCUGUUUGAAAGCGACGAUUUAGUGUUACAUAAUCAACCAAGGAACGUAAUUUUGUGCCUGUUGGAAGUGGCAAGAAUCGCGACACAAUUCGGCGUCGAACCACCGGGAUUGGUGCAGUUGGAAAAGGAAAUUGCUGAGGAAGAACGGAACAAUUCCGGAGGAGAUUCCGGAUUAAGUUCGUUGCUGUCCUGGCAGUUUCAGGCGACCCCUCCAAGGCCUGAGAACGAGAUAAAAAUGAAACACAGCAAUUCUACUUCGGCAAUAUCUGCUUAUGCCGCAUGGAACGGUCCGUCCAUGAUAUUGACGCCCCAAACCAGCACACCUAUAUCAUCGCGCCCGAUGGCGGUGACGAGCGGGGCCAGCGACGGAGUGCCUAGCGACAACACUGAAGAUGACGAGUGGUCGAGAGGCAGUGGAGAAGACCCCGACUUGGGCGUCGUAACUGAUGUGGUAGACUCCGGUGGCAGCAGGUCUCACACCCCGGGUCCCGGUGGAGACGGUCCACCUACCACACCCGUCACUCCGAUCGCCAGACUCUCGGAGUUGGAUAAAAAGGUGCAGAGCGCCGCCAGGUUGAUGCAGAGAAACUGCAACUGUGCCAGCGGAAAGUGUAACAAGCUAAACGUCAGCAAAGUUGGUGAAGGGAAGUACAAUAUUGCGGGCAAGAACGUGUUCAUCAGGCUUUUGAAAGGUCGUCACAUGAUGGUGCGAGUGGGCGGUGGCUGGGACACCCUGGAUCAUUUCUUGUUGCGCCAUGAUCCUUGUCAGGAGCAUGAAAAAAUUAUAAAAAAGAAAAUUUGGUUCGCUCCGCAAAUAGAAAAAGUGCCUAACGUUGCGAAAAAGUUCACCUACUAUAAACGGUUUGCAAAAUUGGUGCGACCUGGUGAAACAGCUGUUUGAAAAAAUGCUCAUACCUUUCAAUUGUUUUAUGUUAAUUAUCGUAAUUAAAUGUUAAGAUUUAAAUGGACAA